CCCACCACCACCACGCCCCGGGUCUGGUCAACCGAGCUACAUUGACCUUCGAGUUGAAAAGGCUCCAGAACUGGGAGAGCUGGGCCAACGGGGCUGGGCUCCUCCCCGCGCACGUCUGCCUGCAGCUCGGAGUCCACUGGCCGGCUCAAAGGUAUGGUGCUGACUGUGGAUGUGGUGGGGCCAGCGCCCUGGGGCUUCCGCAUCACUGGGGGCAGGGAUUUCCACACACCCAUCAUGGUAACCAAGGUAAAUGAGCGGGGCAAGGCUGAGGCCGCUGACCUCCGGCCUGGUGACAUCAUUGUGGCCAUCAAUGGGGAGAGCGCAGAGGGCAUGCUUCACGCCGAGGCCCAGAGCAAGAUCCGCCAGAGCGCAUCUCCCCUGCGACUGCAGUUAGACAGGUCUCGGGCUGCCUCUCCAGGGCAGGGCAACAGCGAUGGCUCCUUGGAAGUGCUGGCCACUCGCUUCCAGGGGUCCCUGAGGACCCGCCCCGACAGCCAGUCCUCCCUGUGGUCCUCCUACUCCAGCCCAGCCUCCCUCAGCCCGCGGCCCGGCAGCCCCUUCACCCCGCCCCCCAGCAGCCCCCUGGGCCUGGCGGGAGAGGCCCCCACUGGCCACAGCUUCCAGAGCUUGGCCCACUCGGCCGCCCUCUCCAGUGCCACCGUGGACCACUUGUCCUGCCCGUCCCCCGGGGGCCGCCCCGCAUGCCGACAGGCCGGCCCGGGCCGGGAGGGAGACUUGGCUGUGCGGGUGCUGCCCCCACGGUCCUCCAGCCCUAGGAUCAGCAGCCCGAACUCCGAAGCCGGGAACUUCCUGCUGGAAGAGGACUCAGAGGUGUUCAAGAUGCUGCAGGAAAACCGCGAGGGGCGGGCAGCCCCGCGCCAGUCCAGCUCCUUUCGACUCCUGCAGGAAGCCCUGGAGGCUGAGGAGAGAGGUGGCACGCCUGCCAUCGUGCCCAGCUUACUGAGCCCCCAGUCCUCCCUGCCCACGUCCAGGGCCCUGGCCACCCCGCCCAAGCUCCACACCUGCGAGAAGUGCAGCACCAGCAUCACGAACCAGGCUGUGCGCAUCCAGGAGGGCCGGUACCGCCACCCCGGCUGCUAUGCCUGUGCAGACUGUGGGCUGAACCUGAGGAUGCGCGGCCACUUCUGGGUGGGCGACGAGCUGUAUUGUGAGAAGCACGCCCGCCAGCGCUACUCAGCACGCUCCGCUGCCCCCAGCCCUCGGCCCUGAACCUGGGGCACCCUGGAUGCCGGUCCUUGGAGAGCACCUUGCAGGGAAGAGGCAGUGGUGGGGGGUGGCUCUUACAUGAACUCAGUUUGGGGACAAAAGACCCCUUGGUCCUCGCUGGAUGAGGCUAAGGACUGGAACUAGGGGCUUUGGAUGCCUAGAGUAGCCCUACCCUCCCAGCCUUCCCCCUGUAGGACAGGCACUGUGCCACCUGCUGAAGUGGCCUGCACGAUUGAUAUUUUAUGUACAGGAUGGGACAGAAACAGAAGGAUCAGGAAGGAGGGGGUGGGCCAGAGGCCAACGGUAAUCACUGUGCAGUGUCGGACACGAGCUCUAUAAAUAUAUGUAUAUGGGUGCACACAGCCAA